AUGUCAUUUGUCAGAGUGAACCGUUACGGUCCCCGUGGAGGAGGAAGGAAAGCACUGAAAGUAAAGAAGAAAAAUAACACUGUAACUGAUCUAACAGUUCAUCGGGCAACUCCUGAAGAUCUGAUCCGUCGUCAUGAAAUACACAAAUCGAAGAAUAGAGCAUUAGUACACUGGGAGCUCCAAGAAAAAGCUUUGAAGAGAAAAUGGAAGAAGCAGAAACCAGAAAUUUCUAAUCUUGAGAAAAGGAGAUUGUCUAUCCUGAAGGAGAUUCUUAAUGACCAAUACCAGAUGCAGGAUGUAUUGGAAAAAUCUGAUCAUUUGAUGGCUACAGCAAAAGAUCUGUUUGUUGAUUUUCCUCGUAGGCGCACAGGGUUUCCGAAUGUAACAAUGGCUCCUGAUUCCUCUCAAGGUCCCAUUGUGGUAAAUCAAGACCCUGUCACCCAGGCCAUCCUUAGUGAAUCUGUUAUUGAGCCUCAGGCUCUUAAUGAAGUAGAUGAUGACCAACGAGAAGGAACUGUUAACAGCCAGUCAGAAGAAAGUGAGAAUGAGUUGGGUAACUCUCUAAGCUCUCAGUCAAACACAAAUGCGGACACUAUUUUGUUUCUCCACAAAAUAACGGAAGAUAAUUCCGUGUUAAUUAAUAAACUAUGGACUGAUAUUCAGCAGAAAGCAGCAACACAAUCACAAAUAACAACCUCUUCAGAAACUCCAUCAUCUGCUUCUCCAUCAGGAGAACAAAAAGCUGCUCUGAAUGCUACCAAUGCUGUUAAGAGAAUCCAUACGAGGCUUCAACUGGAAGAAUCUACUGAGACUCUAGACUCAAGCUAUGUAGUGAGACAAGUGCUGAACUCAAGGAAGCAAAAACAGCUGCUAAAUAAAGUGAAAAGAAAACCAGAUUUGCGUGCUCCUUCAAAACAGAAGAAUAGCGUGUUAUCAGCCAGCACAGCCCCCACAGACUUACCGAAUAGCAGUAACCCCAGCCUAGAUGUCCUCAAACACAUGAUACAUGAAGUGGAACAUGAAAUGGAAGAAUAUGAGCGGUGGACAGGACGCGAGGUCCGGGGGCUCCAGAACAGUCAGGGUCUCACCGGCUUCACCCUGUCGCUCGUGAGCUCCCUCUGUCGCCUGGUUCGGUACCUUAAAGAGUGA